CCCGAGAAGGAGAGACACGUUCGAACAUUGGACAUCGAAGCCGUGGAAGGCAGGAGUGUGUCGCUGCCCUGUCCGCUAUCGGCCCCACUAGACGACGUUAAUAUGGUGUUAUGGUUCAGAGACAACGCCGGCAUCCCAUUAUACAGCUUCGAUUUUCGCAGUAAAUCACUGUCACAUGUGAGGCACUGGUCAGCACCUGAAGUCUUUGGCUCCCGUGCAUUGUUUAAUGUGAAAUCAUCGCCGGCAUCGCUGGACAUUAAGGAUAUCAAGCGACACGAUCAGGGAGUGUAUAGAUGCCGUAUUGAUUUUCGAACCAGCCAGACCCAGAGCUUUCGACAUAAUUUAUCAGUCAUAAUCCUGCCGGAGCAUCCCAUUGUCCUGGACCGCUGGGGACGUCAAUUGAAUGGCACCAUCCUCGGGCCGAAGCAAGAAGGAGAUGACAUCAUGAUAUCGUGCCGAGUGGUCGGGGGUCGACCACAGCCCGAAGUUCGGUGGCUGGUGAAUGGACUUCUGGUGGAUGAUCAAUAUGAGCAGAACUCGGGAGAUGUCAUUGAGAAUCGUCUGAUGUGGCCGGCCAUUCAAAGGACCGAUCUCAACUCCGUAUUCACGUGUCAAGCUACCAAUACACUACUGGCAGAGCCCAAAGAGAGCAGCUAUGUACUUGACAUCUAUCUGAAGCCUCUGGAGGUGAAGAUUAAAGAGCCUCCGGGUCCCCUGGUUGCCGAUCGUCGCUAUGAGAUGACCUGCCAGAGUUCAGGCUCGCGCCCCAAUGCAAUUAUCACGUGGUACAAGGGGAAACGGCAAUUGCGAAGGACACGGGAUGACGUUUUGAAUAAUACCACCCGUUCGGAAUUAAGUUUCGUGCCAUCAACGGAGGACGAUGGAAAAUCCAUAACGUGCCGAGCAGAAAAUCCCAACGUGAAUGGAUUGUAUCUGGAAACUUCACUCAAACUGGAUGUUGUCUAUCCGCCGAUGGUGAAUCUUCGAUUGGGUUCAACAUUGUCAGCAGAUGACAUCAAGGAGGGUGACGACGUUUAUUUCGAGUGUCACGUUCAGGCCAAUCCUCCGUGGAGGAAAUUACUGUGGUUACACGAUGGUGUUUACCUGGCCCACAACACCACGGCCCGCGUGAUAAGGUCGAAUCAGAGCCUCGUCUUGCAGAAAGUGACGAGAUUCUCGGCCGGAAACUAUGCCUGCAGUGCAAUCAACCAAGAGGGUGAGACGGUGAGCAACCAACUGCCUCUCAGGGUGAAAUAUACACCAAUUUGUGCGACAGACAAAAUUCUCAUUGUUGGCGCUGGCAAAGAUGAGAAUGUGGAGAUUGUUUGCGAUAUUCAUGCCGAUCCACCAGCCAGAACGUUCCGGUGGAAGUUCAACAAUUCGGGAGAGACCCUGGACGUGGGCUCUGGCCGGUAUAGCAGCAUUAAUGGAACUCGUAGUGUCCUACAUUACACCCCUGUUACGGAUCAGGAUUUUGGAACGUUGUCCUGCUGGGGGAUCAGCGAAAUCGGUCCACAGGCUCAGCCAUGCAUGUUCCAAGUUGUACUAGCAGGAUUCCCAUCUGCAGUGAGCAACUGCACAUUGUACAAUCAGACGCAAAUGUCUACAGAGAUACAGUGCAUUGCCGGAUAUGACGGCGGUUUGCCGCAAGUGUUUGUACUGGAGCUGUAUUCACAGAGAACGGGUCGCACGAGAUUAAACUUCACGAACUCCGAGGAGCCCUACUUCAUUCUGGAUUCACUGGAUACACUGUCGUCUCUGAUGACAGCGGAGAACGAGACGCUGGCUGCCAGGGUGUUUGCCGUCAAUCAGAAAGGCCGCAGUCAAGGCACCGUCGUGCCCAAACUACAAAUCGGCAAUCGUGUGAAACAGACAGAACACCAAAAUCCCCUUCAGAUGUCACCAGUUUUAAUUGGUGCCGUGAUAACUGUGAUCGUCAUCUGUGUGGCAAUUAUCCUGCGGAUAUGCUAUGUGGUUGGUGUGCGGAGCAGACGCACCCCCAAGACAUCCCAGCCCCCAUCAUCGGGGGCCAACUUUGUGUUCAGCGGGGGCGGCGGAGGCGCCAAAUUGGAGAAGGGCGGCGGCGGUCAAAAGCCACGGUGGCAGACAGAUGUUAAAUCAAAAGCAUCCUCGACGAUGGAUACGUCUGCUGGCACCAUCAUGAGCGAGGAUGAAAAGGAUCCAGAUGUGAUACCGCAGUACGUGGCAGAUCACCCACACAACCAGUACCAUCAUCAUCAGCCGACGUUUGAGCAGCCGACGCACGGAUGGGCGCAGCAGAGUGCGAAUACAUCUAAAAGUGAGGCGCUGAUGAAUGGAGAUUGCCGCGCGACGCAGGUGCCAGCGGGAGCAACAGGAGAUUUGGAUAUCAACAUAACAGCCAUCCGGGACCGCCUAAUGACGACGAGGGUUCCCGAGAGCUGCGUGUGAAACGUCAUAUCCGCCGCACUGUACAUAUCACACUAUCGUAUUAAACGUACUCGUAGAACAUCCUCGUGGAUUAAGGUGAAAAUGACAGACUCUAUUUAUACGUGUAUAUUUGUGGCGGAAGUUGCUACACUGCAAUUAUCUGCUGUGUAAAUAAUAAAG